AUGCAGCAAGAGAAGGAUGUGGAGGGAUCCGAAAAGGCCAGACAAGAUGGGAACACGAGUUUCAAGAAGGGUAAAUGGUCCGAAGCGAUCGGUCAUUAUACCAAUGCUAUCUUGAAGAAUCCCACAGACCCAGUAGGGUAUACGAAUCGAGCGGCCGCGUACCUCAAGCUUGACAAAUACGAAGAUGCGAAUCGCGAUUGUACUUCUGCUAUCGAGAUCCAACCUGAGAAUUUGAAAGCGUUAUAUAGACGAUCAUUGGCUUUGAAAAGUCUAGGAAGACUGGAUGAAGCUUUGAGAGAUAUCUCCCUGGUGUGCAAGCUUGAUCGUGGGAAUGCAGUUGCAAAGGAAGAACGCAAAGAGAUACGCGAGCUCGUGGAAGCACUUGAAAAGAAAUCUCAGCAAUUCAAACCCCCGCAAAAGACUCCCCCGAUAUCACCAGAAUCUCGGCCCAUCGCCGCCUCGAUAGAGGAGAUCGUGGAGGAGACAUCUCAACCCACUGUACCCUCCCACGAAUCAUCUCAGACGACACCAAUACAAUCGAUACCCAAACCAUCCUUUUCCGACCUCAAGAGAUCUCGAGCAGCCAAACCUGCCUUCACAACGGCAAAAUUACCAGCUCACACGCCGGAUGCAUCAAAACCACCUAUCACCACGCCACUUCAUCACGACAUCUUACCAAUCGCUUCCUCUCCCGCACCGAGACUUUUCGUUCCACCGGCAGAUCCACAUUCAACAUCUCCAGGCUCCGGUCUGACCCUCUUACGACACCUCAGCCCCCCUCAGCUCGGCUGGACAGCUAUCCAACACUAUCCUGCACAGAACGUCCCCAUCAUUCUCGGACCUUUACUGGAACCGGAUACGCUUGCACAGCUGUUCUCGGCUUUGAAACAUGGACUGGAUGGAUCGUCAGAUUCAGCAGUAGCACUGGACGAAGCCAGAGCCCGUAUUUUGAUCGUGAUGAAAGGACUGCUCGACUUGCCGAGAUGGAGAGUGAAUGCGAGUAUGCUGAGUAGAUCGGAGCGGGAGCUCGGACGUCAAGUGUGGGCGCAGGCCGGUGGUCAAGGUCAGUGGCCAUGA